CGCAAACGUCAGACGGCGCUUGUUCCAGCUGCAAGUAGGUUGCAGGUUUUCUCUCUGGAAAGAGACGAGGGGGAUUCCGUGACGCCGAGUAGGUUGCCAUCGCAACGCACCCAGAGUUUAUCUUCCAGGUUAGGCGCAGGCACAGACGUGACCGGAGUGGUCGCUGAGCCGGCCUUGCGAGCCCAGCUUCCCGAGAGUUGCUCCCAGGCUCGGUAGCACGUCGGCCUGGGGGUUCCUUGAUCGGGGCCAGAGACCCGGAACCGCGAGAGCUGCUUCCCCGCGACUGAGGGACGAGGACCGAACGGGACCGGACCCGAGCCACCGAACGUCGUCCACCAUGGCGGCCCUUGGCCCCGGCAGCCAGAACGUCACCGAGUACGUCGUUCGCGUUCCCAAAAACACAACUAAGAAAUACAACAUCAUGGCCUUCAAUGCCGCGGACAAAGUCAACUUCGCGACCUGGAAUCAGGCCCGGCUGGAGCGUGACCUGAGCAACAAGAAGAUUUACCAGGAGGAGGAGAUGCCCGAGUCGGGUGCGGGCAGCGAGUUCAACCGCAAGCUUCGCGAGGAGGCGCGGAGGAAGAAGUACGGCAUCGUCCUCAAGGAGUUCCGGCCCGAGGACCAGCCCUGGCUUCUUCGCGUCAACGGCAAGUCAGGCAGGAAGUUCAAGGGCAUCAAGAAGGGAGGUGUGACGGAGAACACGUCCUACUACAUCUUUACCCAGUGCCCCGACGGGGCCUUUGAGGCCUUCCCUGUGCACAACUGGUACAACUUCACGCCGCUGGCCCGGCAUCGCACGCUCACUGCCGAGGAGGCCGAGGAGGAGUGGGAAAGGAGAAACAAAGUCCUGAACCACUUCAGCAUCAUGCAGCAGCGGCGCCUCAAGGAUCAGGACCAGGAUGAGGAGGACGAGGAGAAGGAGAAACGCAGCCGCAAGAAGGCCAGCGAGCUGCGCAUCCAUGACCUGGAGGAUGACCUGGAGAUGUCGUCUGACGACAGCGAGGCCAGCGGCGAGGAGGGUGGCAGAGCCCCCAAGGCCAAGAAGAAGGCACCGCCCGCCAAGGGAGGCAGGAAGAAGAAGAAGAAGAAGGGGUCCGACGAUGAGGCCUUUGAGGACAGCGACGACGGGGACUUCGAGGGCCAGGAGGUGGACUACAUGUCCGACGGCUCGAGCAGCUCCCAGGAUGAGCUGGAGGGCAAGCCCAAGGUCACCCAGCAGGAGGAGGGCCCCAAAGGUGUAGAUGAGCAGAGUGAGAGCAGCGAGGAGAGUGAGGAGGAGAAGCCGCCAGAGGAGGAGAAGGAGGAGGAGGAAGAGAAGAAGGCGCCCACGCCUCAGGAGAAGAAGCGCAGGAAAGACAGUAGCGACGAGUCGGACAGCUCAGAGGAGAGUGACAUCGACAGCGAGGCGUCCUCGGCCCUCUUCAUGGCGAAGAAGAAGACGCCUCCCAAGAGGGAGCGGAGGCCAUCAGGAGGCAGCUCUCGGGGCAACAGCCGGCCGGGCACGCCCAGCACGGAGAGCGGCAGCACCUCCUCGACCCUGCGGGCCGCCGCCAGCAAGCUGGAGCAGGGCAAGCGGACGAAUGACACGCCGGUGGCCAAGAGGCUGCGGCUGGAGGCCGGGCCGCAGCCCCAGUCCGGGAAGUCGACCCCCAGCAGCGGUGACGUGCAGGUGACGGAGGACGCCGUGCGCCGCUAUCUGACCCGGAAGCCCAUGACCACCAAGGACCUGCUGAAGAAGUUCCAGACCAAGAAGACGGGGCUGAGCAGCGAGCAGACGGUGAACGUGCUCGCCCAGAUCCUCAAGCGGCUCAACCCGGAGCGCAAGAUGAUCAGCGACAAGAUGCACUUCUCCCUCAAGGAGUGACAGCCGGCGCCCGCCCGCCCGCCCAAUAAACGUGCUGUCCCAGAA